AUGAUUAAAAAUGUCUCACCCUCAGACCCUGAUUCUGACCAUGACGAUCUAACUUGGAUACAAUGGUUUUGUUCACUUUCUGGAAAUGAAUAUUUUGUUGAAGUUGAUGAACAAUUUAUUGAUGACGAAUUUAAUUUAUACGGACUAGACAAAUUUGUUACAAACUAUGAAUCUGCACUUAAUAUUAUUUUGAACUGUGGUUAUAGUGAAAGUAAAUCACGUGGAACUGAUCCACAUUUACUUCAAAAAUCUGCAAUGAAGUUAUAUGGAUUAAUUCAUGCUCGAUUUAUUCUUUCUCCAAAUGGAAUGAAAAAAAUGAAAAAAAAAAUAAAUGAAAAUACAUUUGGUCGUUGUCAACGAUUAAAAUGUUCUGAUCAAAAUUUACUCCCAGUUGGUAUUUAUAAUACUCCAGGAGAAGAGUCUGUUAAAUUGUUUUGUCCACGAUGUGGUGAUUUAUAUAUUCCAAUGCCACCACAUGAUUCUCAUAUUGAUGGUGCGUUUAUUGGUACAAAUUUUCCACAUCUAUUUAUGUUACAAUAUCCUGAUGUUGUUGAAGAAAGUUCUAGCUCAUCUGAUUCACUUUCUAAUUCUCUGAAUAGUUCAAGUUCUGAUGAGUAUGUCCCUACGAUUUUUGGGUUUAAAAUUAAUACUAAUCCAAAGAAAGGUAUUGUCUCAAAACCUUUAAUUCCAGUUAGACGAACUUUUGUUUGUUAUUAA